AAAAUUUAAACAUUCUCUUGGAAACACUUCCACCAUUUCUUCGCCCUCUUGCUUCAGGGCGUCGUAUUUCACUGAUUUUAAUUAAAAUAAAAUACAGAAAAGGCUUUAUAGGAGCUGGGUUUUCUGGGGAAUGGGGGAUUUCUGCAGACACAUAAAAGGAUUACUGAGCUCUUUUCCCAAUCUAGAAUUAGCAUGUAUGUGAACAUGAAAAUAUUUUGCUUAAUGAAACAGGGUUUUUUUGGGUUGUUUUUCGGGGAGCGAGCUGAAGUGCCAAAGGUCUAGUUUGUUUGUUUUUGGUUUGGGGGAAAAAAAAGGAGGGAAUGAUUAACCUGGAUGACAGUGAGGAUGUGUCAGUAUCAGUGCAUGUGCAAAUGACAGGAGGUGAAGGUCUGGAUGAGGGACAGAACACACAGCAGAACAUCUGAGACAGACAGAGACGAGCGUCGGUGUCCGGGGAGACGACUGUUGUCCCCGCAUUAUUGUUGUUGUGUCGAGGUUAAAACGACCCCGUGCAACAGGCGGCGCACGCUCGACACAAAGGACUGUAUUUCUUCUCGAGUAGCAUAUGCUCUGACUGUUGUUUUGGAUUCAUUUGGUCCUAAUGCAGCCAGAAGAGAAGGAGCCAUUUAAAAGCAGCAGCAGAGGCAGCAGCAGCAGGAGGAGGAAAACACGAGCUGAGGCGAUGUCAAGGUGCGAGGAGAGAAUCUGACUUCUAUACGACAAGAAACGGGAAGAAAAAGUGUGUUUUUCUUCAGCCGACUGUGGGAGCUUCUGAAGCGGCUUCUUCACUGAGACCAGCGGUGAAUACAAACUAUUCAGACUCCACUUUUACCUUCAUCCUCGUUCUCCUCAUCUGCUGCAGCUCCUGCACGACAGUCUGCAGCAGACUCAGGUAACGCAUUCGUUGCCAUGGCGUCAACAGCUCUGGAGCUGAUGGGCUUCUUCCUGGGCCUGAUUGGGAUGCUGGGAACACUGGUGGCCACCGUGCUACCGUACUGGCAGAUUUCCGCCCACAUCGGCUCCAACAUUGUCACAGCCGUGGCGAAUAUGAGGGGCCUGUGGAUGGAGUGUGUCUACCAGAGCACGGGAGCUUUUCAGUGUGAGACCUACAACUCCAUGCUGGCCCUGCCCUCUGACCUUCAGGCAUCUCGUGCCCUCAUGGUCAUCUCCUUGGUGCUGUCUAUCCUUGCCAUCGCCAUGGCAGCUCUGGGAAUGCAGUGCACUCUUUGCCUUGAGGGCUCAGGUGCGGCAAAGAGUCGUGUGGCUGGAGCCGGCGGGGGAUUAUUCCUCUUUGCCGGCUUUCUGGCGCUCAUACCUGUGGCGUGGACCACACACGAGGUGGUCCAGACCUUCUACAGACCAAAUGUGCCUUCCAGCAUGAAGUUUGAGCUUGGGGAGUGUCUGUAUGUGGGUCUGGCCUCAGCGCUUAUCUCAAUGCUGGGCGGGGGGAUGCUGUGCCUGUCGUGCUGCGAGGAGCAGGACGGCGUCCGCGGUAGACGACACGCCGGAGGGUAUCCAUACCCAGGAGGAGCCGGAAUCUCCGGCACGGGGAUAAGGACAACCUCGCAGGUCUACCGCAACCCCACGCUGCAGGUGGGGGGUAUAAACGCAUCCAGCAGGGGGCAGACUCUGUUACGCACUACUAGUGACGACUCCCAUUCCAGUACACAUGGAGUCCAGGGAGCCAAGAAGCCAACAGCGUCAGGAUAUGACAUCACAGGCUACGUGUGAUGUCACUACCUUUACCGUGUUCACUGACAACUUAAGAUCCACUCAAUGUAUUUAUGUAUGUUCUGAAAUGACCAGACUACAUCAACAUUUUUUGUAUCUUUUCUGAAAAACUAUGUUUAAAAAACGUACAGGAUGACACAAAUGAUGCCUUGCACCAUUAUAUUUGUGAUGUAUUUUUUUCGCAUUAAAGUAAUAAAUGUGUUUUAACGCGUGCACACACGGAUGAGUAGAGAAUCGUGACACUGAUAUUUUCAUUGUUAAUAACAUACUUUGUCUAAAACCCUAAUAAAUUCAAGAACUAGAUUGGUCCCACUUUUCCAGUUGGAAAUACAACUUGAGGCGUUCCUUCAACUCGGAAUUUCACGACUUCCAACGACAAUUGGAACGCACCAUCAAGACAUGAGGAGUUGGAGGCCGUCCACAAUUUGAAACCUCAGCUCCACGGGGUGAUCUAAUGGGAAACUACUUAACUCUUAACUUGGAAAUAACGACAUGUCAGUACAACUGGAACACAACUUGGUUAACUUGGUUAAUUUAACAUUUAAAAUGAGACAAAAGAUGAUUCAAUUCUAUUAUUAUAUUAUCAUAACAGUGUAUGUCAACAAAACCUUCACUGGGAAUCUGAAACAAACCUGAUGUUUGAUCUGAACGCUCAGUUCUCACGAUACGCGUCAGGUAUCACCUGAAACUCGGUUCGAUUAGCACUUAUCAGCCCAGAGAUUAUUAAUCCACACGACAUGAUGCAAAAAUGUGUUUCUCUUCUCUCUGUCUU